AUGUAUCAGAGGGCUUUUGCAGCAAGUGAAAUGGGACAAAGAAAUAGAUCGGUCGAUUUAGAAAUGGAGCAGCAGCUAUCUCAAGCUUCUCUUCAACCAGAACCUUGCAUCCUUUUAGGCAGUUUUCCGCAACAAUCGGAGAUUAAUAAUAUCCCUGCCAUGGUUGCAAACGUUCCUAAUUUAGAAACUCAUUCUCUUCAAGACCCAACUUAUGAUAACUCGGCAAUGUUCUACGGUCUUCCUCAGUACCAUCAUCAUCAUCACCAGCGUGCUCCUGCGAAUUUCUAUGUUCCCUAUCUGGCAUUUCAGGGUCCGCCAAGUCAGUUACCAUCUUCUAGUAGUCACGGUGUAGUUGGAGUAAGCGCUGAUCAUGAAUACGAAAGGAAUGCUCAUUUUAUGGAUCACAAUAGAGGGACAUAUAAAAGAAAGAACGCCGAAGGAAUACCCGGAAAUCCUCAGUAUUUAAGUACUUUAGCAGCUCCAUUCAAUACACCGGAGACUGUAGCACCUUUUGGAGGCGCGAGGAACAGACCAGGACCUGUUACGAUGAAUCCUGUUCUUCCUCCUCAUGCUCCAAACGGCUUCAUUCAAGGGAACUAUGCAAGUCAUCCUCCUUUUCCACCUCCUGGCUCAAUAUGGUAUGAUCAACACCAUGGCAGAUCUGAUGGUUCACCUUCGUUUUGGCCCCACGCGCCUUACAUGCACGGUAGUAAUGUUGUCGCUGGUUCCAUAGAGUCUAGUAGCAGAAACCCUACAACAUUCAUGUAUCCUUCUCAGUUAAACCCGAGGGACCACUAUUAUAGUCAUCAUCAUCACCCGGCACCUCCUCCUGUACAAGGAGUGAGAGGUCAGAGCGCUACAUUAUACCCUCACAUGGCUUCUUCAACCUCAUACAGAGUUCCUCCUGGUAACUUUGUUCCUCAGAACACAAUGAAUAGCGGUCCCUCGGGUACAGAGAUGGGUUCGAGUCACAUGGGUCCAGUUCAGCCAACCGGGUUUCGGAUAUACCAGCAUCAUCAGCGAGAUGAUUCUGUACCUGUAGCAACUCUUAGACAACACCGUGGAGGACUUCCUCGGCUUAGAGUGAUGCCUGAUGAUGAAGUUGCGCUAUUGGAGUUUGGAGAUUUCCUUGGCGGUCCUGGAAAUAAUCACAUUGAUCAUCAUCGAGAUAUGCGAUUGGACAUCGAGGAAAUGUCUUACGAGGACCUUCUUGCGUUGAGCGAGCGAAUUGGAACCGUAAACACUGGUUUGCCAGAGGAAGAUGUUAAGAAUCAUCUAAAAACAAGAACAUGUUUAGGAAUCAACCUUGAAAAAGAGCCGUCUUCUUCUCCACGAACCAAAGAUAUCGAAACUGAGCCGUGCACAAUAUGUCAGGAAAGCUUCAAGAACGAAGAAAAGAUUGCGACUUUAGAUUGCGGGCACGAGUAUCAUGCGGAAUGCUUGGAGAAAUGGCUGAUUGUGAAGAACGUUUGUCCAAUCUGUAAAUCAGAGGCACUGGUUAUGGAGAAGAGAAAGGUAUAA